CUCCCUGUCUAUCACGUUUCGAUGUUAGUCAGCUCACGAUGUCGUCGAAGCUCCGCUUGGCUUCCUACAUCUCUUAGUAACCUUUUGGCAUUCCCCAACACUGGCCCAUACCAGGCGUAUUCCCUAUGCUAACAACAGAUGCAUCGCCAAACUUCGAAGCGUUCAGAGACUGUCUGUCGACGGCGGUAAUCAGCAAGCUUACAGCACCCACGAAGUCCAAGAAGCAACGGCCCGCAAAAGGGCGCAAAAACGAUGGCCGUCCCUCUAAUGAUUCCCUAAAUAACGACGUCACGGCCAGCGAGGGCGAUGGAGACCUGGAAGAUUUCAUCGAGUAUCUAUCCGCAGAGAUCUUUAGGGAACUCCCCGCAGACCUACGCACAAUCUCCUACGCAGCCGUCCAAGACAACACCACCCUGGCGGAAAAAUACACCACCCCGCUGGACUCGAAAGUCAUCUCACAGAUCGCGGAAACACUCCCGCCGUCCAUCUCGGACUCGCUGUGUACGUACGGCAUGCUGGACGACGCGGCGGAUCUCGAUCGCUUCCUCGAUCCCAUCCUCGGUGGCUACGUAGGCACGGCGACCGCCGCUCCGCCGGAGUACACGCCUGCUGUGACGGCGAGUCGGCCUGCGGGUUGCGAGAUUUGCGGGCGCGAACAGCUGCCGUUGACGUAUCAUCAUCUCAUUCCGAGGCAGGUGCAUGCGAAGGCUGUAAAGCGGGGAUGGCAUAAGGAGUGGGAGUUGAAUAAGGUUGCCUGGCUGUGUCGUGCGUGUCAUUCUUGCGUGCAUCAUGUGGCGUCGAACGAGGAGUUGGCGAGGGAUUUCUACGAUUUGGAGAAGCUGUUGGCGAGAGAGGAUGUGCAGAGGUUUGCGCGGUGGGUGGGCAGGGUGCGAUGGAAGGCGAGGUGAGGCAUGUGACAGACGAUGUUACUGCACGAGCACUACGAUCUAAGCCUCGAGAACGAUUCAGGUUGUCUAUUUCGAGCCCAAUUCGAUCGUGCCGUGUCAAUCGCACAUCGACCGAGGGUAGACUGCUUAUAGCUCACACUGCUACACGUCUGCUCAAAAAGGCAGCACACACCAGGAGCAGAUGCCAGGCAUGGUUAAGCAGGUUGCGCCACAGGGACGAAUGUGGCACUCGUGCGCAACGGAGCAGCCUGUUUGCGGCAAGUCGAGCCCUGACGAGCCGAGGGAGGCGGCGGUGGUGCCAUGCGGCUUUGGGGCUUUGAGGCGGUGAAGUUGUGGCGCUGCAGAUGAGAUGCCUCGGUUUCAGGUGAUUGAGAAUGGCCAAGAAUAGCAGAGAGUAUGAUGGUUUUUCGUUGAAUACAUUUCUCAUAGUUUAAUGUUGAAGCACGACGGUAUUUGAGAGGAUAGAAUCAUAAUCUCCAGC